AUGGCGGCGGCGGCGUCCCGGGUGGCGCCGGUCCGCGCCCGGUUCCUCGCCUCCAAGGAGCAGUUCCAUGCCUACCUGCGGGCCCGGGGCGAGCCCAGCGGCGGGGGUGAGGAGGAGGAGGAGGAGGAAGAGAAGGUCAAGGAGGAGGAGGAGGUCGGCAGCUGCCAGAGCGAGCGCCCCGCCAAACGGGUGAAGUCAGAGGACCUCGGUCAGGACGGGGAAAGCCGAGAGGAUGCGGGAGCAGCGGAGAAGGAGCCCGCGGAGUGGAAGCGGGCCCGGGGGCAGAACAAGAGCAGGCCGUGUAUGAAGCCCAAGCACUACGAGCAGAGCAGGCUGUGCCCGUCGGUAACGCAGGCCCACCUCGGGGAUGGCUACCAGAACAUCGUCAACACGGACCUGGCCAAGCAGUGGGAGGGGAAGUCGCUGGUGAGGAACAACCUUUCCAAGGAGCUCCAGCACCAGCUGCGCAAGAGGAAGUUUAGCUUCAGGAAGGCUGACGAGUACCUCCGUGGUCUGGGCAAGCCCCACGGGGAUGGUGGGAAGGGAGGCAAAGCCACGGAGCGUUCCACAGAGGAGCAAGAGGUGUCCAACUGCACAACAGCCCAGGAGGGGCUGGGAGACGGUCCUGAAUGUCCUGCGCUACCGGAGCAGGGGGAAGAUCCCAAACCAGACGCCUUGCAGAGUCCCACCACUGGUGAGGAGGCUUCCUCCGUGAAAACGGUGGGCCCGCUGACAGAUGAAAGUACAUCCAAAGGGAUCCUUUACCUGGUGGUGUUGCCUUUGCUGGAGCACGUUCCUCCGGUGCUCCCCUUCUGCCCUGCCUCCUCCGGGGCGUUCGCUGAGGUCUCUCUGUGACUUUCUUCUCCAGCUUCACGGCCGAUGCAGGGAGCAGCGGUACACGAGGGGUGCUGACUGGGAAUCCAUAGCAGAAUGUGCGAAAAUCGCAAGCCCCAUGCCCCUUUUUGGAAACGGUGAUAUUUUGUCUUACGAAGAUGCUGAUCGGGCCAUGCAGAUGGGUGUGUCGGGAAUUAUGAUUGCAAGG